AUGUCGCAUGCAGGGAAUGUGACUAAUGUAUAUGACGAAAAGGGCACCGUGCUUUAUCGUGCAGUGCCGUACAACUCGCCUGCCGCCAACGGCAAGGGCGAUGAUCCCGACAACGUGGAAGACAGGGAGGUGGACUUUGCCGGUACCGCAAUAGUUAACGCAUCUGUCGUAAGUGGUGGUGCCUCCUUCGCCGCGCGUGCAAAGGCGUCACGCAUGGGAAGAUCUGUUGGGGUUUCAUUCACUGCCCUUGCGGAUGGUUCUUCGGGCGUUGCGAAGAAGGAGGCACCGAAGUUGAUACAGAACAGUCUCACUCCGGAGCAGGCGCUUGCGACGCUUUUCCCACCCGAGCCCCUGCAAGUUGAGGAGGAGGAAAAGAAAGAAAAGAAGGAAAAGAAUGAGGAGGGAUUUGGUUAUCGGACACGCAACACCUUCUGCUCUACACGAGAGUUUGGUGAGAGUAAGUGGAUGAAAGUAGCGGCGAUUGACCACACAAGUCGACUAGAUUGUGUUCAUCUGCAGGAUCAUCUAAAUCGUCGGUGUAAGGAGGAGAAUGCACGCCCCUCCGGGGUACUUUGUACAAUUCGCGAAGGAAUAUACACCGAUGGUCUGCGGGAAUUGAUACGACAAACGACUGUCUUGUGCCCAGAGCGUGGACUGCUGCUUGCUGAGCUGGCGACGGAGAUGCAGCAGACCACGAACAAGUACGACAUUCUCUUUGACAGCGCCAGUCAAUACGCCGUACGAAAGGCGAUUGAGCGCGAUAUGCGGAGUUACUUGUUUGACGACAAGAAAAGUAUGGAGAGUGAAGUACGCCGGUUGGAGAAUCGCGUGAAUGAACUGCGGGCGAAGCGUGACGGAAUGAUAAAGCGCUUUGAGGAGCAGAAGCAGUCCGAACAGAAUAGGCACGAGGAGGAGGUAAAAUAUCUCAAGAAGGCCAAUCAGCAGAUUAUUAGCGAAAUCAAACGGAUCACGGCAUUAGAAAAGGCAAAUGCGGCACGGCGGCAGCGGCGGCGGCACAAGCACCGCACUCCAUGUAGAGUUCCUUCUUUCCUGUUGCUGUGUUUUUUUUUUUGUGGUGAUCAACGGAAACGAGGGGGGGAUGGAAGAGUUGCAGCAGCCAGUAGUUGUCAACGGAAAGAGUGGGGCCCCUCUACCAUGUGGAGUGACGAGAAACACAAAAAAAAAACAACAACAGCAAGACAUAAGAGGAAGAAGAGCAAAAGAAGAAGAAUGAAUGCAUGCAUGCAGUUUGACGGCUGA